AGACAAAAUGUAUCGAAAAGCUUCUGUGCUUUUAACUCUCAUAUCUUUAAGCUUAGCUUCUUUAUUGGAUGGAGAUUUUGACAUAACAGAUGGUGUUAAAUUAGUCAGUAUACCGGUGUCUAAUAAUAUAGAAGAUGAAGGCAGAUCUUUCGAUAACUCGCCAUUAUCCCGAAUGGCGAAAUUUCUACAAGGACACGAGUUACAUGUUAAAUUACCGAAUAUAAUUGAAAAGGAUAAAAUCACUAAUUUAUUGGCUGAAUCCUUGAAGGUUGUAGAUGAAUCGUACAAGAAUAACAAUGCGACUGGUAGAGGCAAGGGUGACGGCGGAGGCGGAAUGGCGCUGCUGGGCCUCAUGUUCGCGAAGACUGUUGGCGCAGCGGGAAUCGGCGGUCUGGGACUAUUAACAAUGAAGGCACUUGCUGUAUCAGCGCUAGCAUUAAUGCUGUCAGCUAUCGUAGGGGUCAAGAAACUAGCUUCAAACGACGACCAUGACGAUCACCAAGUGAUUUACGCUGGGCACGGACAUCACCGGAAGAGGAGAGACAUAGACACACCAUUACCUUACCGAGGAUGGACACAGUACAAACAAGAAAAUAAAUGA